AUGGGAUCAUCUUCAUCGUCUUCUGAUGUAUUUAUUUUGCAAAAUCUUGAAGAUAUAAAAAAAAAAGGGUCAAAGAAGAUAAAAGAAAAUAAAAAAAUAUCUAAGCGUGUGAAAAGGAGAAGUUACAGUAAUAGUAGUUCUAAAGAUAGUGAGUUGACUAGUUAUAGUAGUAAGGAAGAAGAUGAUUAUAAAGAAGAGAAAAAAAUAAAAAUUAAAAUGAGUGAUAGUGUAUGUGGAACACCUAUGAAAGAAGCGUUUGGAGAAUUAGACGUAGAGGGUGAAAAUAAUUGUAAUGAAAUUAAUGAUGCUAGAAAAUAUUUUAAAGAGGGUCAAAAAAUUAUUACACCACCAAAUGGUGAUGGAACUAGAGCUUUUUAUGAGAGUUUACUUGAAGAAAAUCCUAAUUCAAUUAUAGCUAUUAAAUAUUGUAUAGAACAUGGUAUAUUAAGUGGAACAAAACAUCAUGAGGCUUUAUAUAAAUAUUAUGUAUUAAAAAAAAAUAAUGCUUUUAAAAGUAACUUUGGAGGUGUAAGAAUAGAAUUUAAGAAAUUAUUAGAAGAGUCAUAUAAAGAUAAUAAAUCUUCAUAUGAAGAAUUAAUUAAAAAAGAAAUAUUAAGUAAAUGA